CUAAAAAACAUCUGUGUUCUGAUUGGACACAAAGUACUCCAGCUACGGCCAGUGGGCGUAUUGCAUCACUUCAUUGGCUGUCGUGUAUAUCCGUCAAUCCGUGCCCCGCCUCUUCAUUCCUCCGUGUGUGUUGCGAGUGGACUAGUGUGUGUGUGUGGGGAACGCAGCCGGACCCGUGAGAUCAGCUGAGACCGUGGGAAACGGACCCACCGAAUCCAGUCGGACCUGCAACAAGCCGCAUUUGGACCGGACGCUCUUGAAGAGACCGUAUGAUGGAGUUCAAUGAUACUUGUCCUCACGUGUCGCGAAAAGCUUCAUCGGACGCUGUGAGCUAGUGGAAAGUAAACGCGUCCACGUCCGCUUCGUUUCUUUUCACAAGUUUGUCAUAUCGUUAUCAACUCGCGCUGCAACGCAACGGCGCGCGUCCGUAUGCCUGCGGGGACGCGCGUGGAUCGAGAACGCGGAAGGGUCCCGAACUGAACCCCCCAUCAGAAAUCAAUCCGGGAGAGCUCGGACCGACAGUCGUUAGUCGUGAACAACCGAGGAUGGACACAGUGGGUCGGGCUUGUAUUUACACUGGAGUUGCGCAAUGUUUUAUUUGCAAACACCAUAACGUAAUAUCGCAAUAAGCGACUGGAAGACAGUGUGUGAGCACUUUUGGGCUAAAGUAUUAUUGUUUUAAUGUUUUUUUAUUUGUACCCUCACCGUGGGUCGUGUCAGGGGAUUAUCGUGCAUGAAUAAAUGAUGAUACUAGUUAGUUUGCGAUGAGGCGGCGCGAGCGAAUGACUGCAGCGCGCGCGAGGACUCUCCGGUGGAAUUACUGCGCAGUUUUUAAAAUAACGGAAAGACGGAUCACGGACUGAAGCUCGGACACACGCACUCAUGGCACAGAGUUCGACCGCGAGAGAAAACGCCUGUAGAAAAUUCCAGGCCAAUAUUUUCAACAAGAGUAAAUGUCAAAACUGCUUUAAAGCUCGAGACGCGCACCUGCUGAGUGAUGAAGACUUCACACAGGCUAAACCCAUCUAUGGAGGAUGGCUGCUCUUGGCACCCGAGGGAACAAACUUUGACAAUCCUCUCCACCGAUCACGGAAAUGGCAGAGACGCUUUUUCCUUCUGUAUGAGCAUGGACUCCUGCGUUACGCACUAGAUGACAUGGCCAGCACUCUUCCACAGGGCACUAUAAACCUGAAUCAGUGUGUGGAUGUUGUGGAUGGUGAAAGUCGCUCGGGACAGAAGUAUUCACUGUGUAUCUGCACACCAGAGAAAGAUCAUUACAUACGUGCUGAGAACAAAGAGGUCAUACAUGGAUGGCAGGAAGCGCUUAUGGUGUUUCCUCAAACCAACAAACAAAACCAGAAGAAGAAACGGAAAGUAGAAACGCCCUCUUCACAGGCUACUGCUCUGCUAACGGGUCGAUGUUCCCAGCAUAACAUGAAUGGGUUUAUUGAACCAGGUCCUGCGAAGGUUACAGUCACCAGCACCAGCAGCAGUAUGGUGUGUCUGCCCAGCACUAUAGCAAAUUCUGAGCGUGUGCCGUCCACCCGCGCCUCUCUGUGGCAGCAGGAAACAUGGAGUCGAGCCACGAUACCGACAAGCUGCAGUACCGGCAGUCUGAGCCAACUUUCAGAGGACUCUGUGAACUUGGGUGUUGGUCGUAAGCCACGGGUGGAGAGCGGAUAUUUUUCUCUAGAGAAAAACAAACCAGAAGAUGAUGAAGAACAACAUCAACGACAGCAAGAACUGUCCUCUUUCCCCUCCUCUCGCUCCAGGUAUCCCUCAUUUUAUCCUGAAGUCUUCAGUUCUCCAGACAACUCUUCACAGGCCAUACACACGUCACAUGACACCCAAGCGUCACAUGACACACACGCUCUCAGUGACGUGUGUGUUCCUCCGAAUGCUAACAAACACAGCAUGCAAAGAUCAGACAAGCAUCAUUUAUCUGACGCACACUCUUCUGUGGAUGGCCCAUCACUGGAUUUCCAACCUUCGUCAAGCACACAACACUGUUCUUCGAGACCUGACACAAACACACACACGUGCCACAUCAACAUCCUCCCAUCAUCACUGUCCUCAUCACAGAGUUCUUUAGACUCUGAGCAGAACACACAACACAACGCUCCGUAUGGAGCACUGGGCAGGGCGGGCCGAGGCGGGCAGGGUUACGCCGCCCUGGCGGACGUGCCCCGUGCGAAACGACUCGAUCAUCGGGAAGCGUUCCGAUCCAGUCAGAGACGUCAGGAGGUGCGGGCACGCACGAGGAGCCCGGGCAGAGAGGAAGUCGAACGACUGUUUGGACUGGAACGAAGACGUUCUCAAGUCAUCGAGAGGUUUGAGUGUCAUGACACUGUCGACACUCCAGAGGAAAUGGACACGGCCAAUUCUAUGACAGAGCCCGCCCCUUCCUACUCCUCAACAGCCAAUCAGAGAGCAGGACGCAAUGAGCGCCGCCUCUCUAACCAGAAACAGGAGUUUUCAUUGGAUUCUGGUCAAGGGCGAACAGACACCAUUUCAUCACGUGCUGGAUACCGAAGGGCUAAAAGCCUGGACCGCAGAGCCACCGAGACGCUCAUGACUCCUGAUCUGCUGAACUUUAAGAAAGGAUGGAUGACCAAACUGUACGAAGAUGGAUUGUGGAAGAAACACUGGUUUGUCCUGACGGAUCAGAGCUUGAGGUUCUACAGAGACUCGAUCGCCGAGGAGGCUGCUGAUGUGGAUGGAGAAAUUGAUCUGUCCAUGUGUUACGACGUGACGGAAUUUCCAGUCCAGAGGAACUAUGGCUUUCAGAUCCUUAGUAAGGAGGGAGCGUUCACAAUAUCUGCUAUGACCUCUGGAAUACGUCGUAACUGGAUUCAGGCCAUUUUGAAGAACAUGCGACCCACCAUCGCUCCUGAUGUCACGCGGAAAAACGUGUCUCUGAAACUUUCAGUUCUUAUGCCCAGUUCUCUUCCAGAGGAGCGAAGCAGAUCAAAUGUGGAAGAAAACUUUAUCCAACCCCCUCCUAACUCUUCACAAUCCAAUAGCUCUGCAAUUGAAACCCAAAAGUCACGUAAUGACAUCACAGACUCUGUUCCUCCCACUGAUCAGCGCAAGAAACCCAAGAGAGAAGGACGAUCAAAAACCAUCGACUGGGUGGAGUUUCGACCGGGACAGGGCAAUGAAAGCCAUCAACCCUUAAGAAAGAGAGCAGAUACUUUAGUAAUCAACUCCACAUCUUCUCUAUCCUCAGUCUCCACCUCUCCCAUCUCUAUCACCUCCACUAAUCAUACCAACAAGCCAUCACAAUGUGACGACGAUGAAGUAGUUAGGGAGCAUGUGUGUCAAGAGCGCCUCCAUCAGACCGGUACAGUCAAUACAAGUACAGCGUCAGAGCCCCCUUCAAAAAUACCCCACAAGGUGUCUCAGGAACAGGCGAGGAUGGAGAUAGACCAACCCAGAGACACGCAGGAGGUCGAUAGUCAUCGGACGGACCACAGAAACUCAGUCGUUCAGGUGGAGAUUGAACAGAGGUGGCAUCAGGUGGAAACCACGCCCCUUAGAGAGGAAAAGCAGGUCCCAAUCACCGGAAGCUCCACCAGUAACACCUCAAACGCUCCUGUUGGAGAGAGACACCAGCCACAAGAGAUGACCAAUGGACUGGAAACUGAGUUGGGUCAGGCGCAAAGAGAGCUGGCCAGACUUCAACAACAAAACAGCAUCUUACAGGAACAACUUCAAGAUUCCCGCAAGAGAGAGCAGAACGGCCGGGAGGGAUAUAUACUACAGAGCGACACAACCACUGCAAAGCCUCAGUCUGAUGCAGCCUCACCAUCAGUUCACCGAGCACCGUGGCAACGCCUCAACAGGCUAAACCAAGACUUAAAGAGCGAGGUAGAUUCCCAGCGUUGCAGGCACGACAAGGCCAACCAACAAGUUCACACCCUGAGACGUAGCUACAGCGAAGCGCAAGAUAUCAUCGGCCAUCACGAGGUGGAAAUAGAGGCCUUGCAGGAGAAACUCACGACGGCCAUGGAGGAGAUAGUAGCCAGCGAGCAGGCGGUGGCACGUAUGCGCAGCGAGCUGAAAAUAGAGCGACUCCGCUGUCAUGAGAGAGAGGAGGAAUGGAUCCGAAAUGAGGCGGCCCUGCGCAUGCAGCUGAGAGAGAGCGAGGAGCGUCUGCGGCAGGUGGAGGCCAGUCUGCUGGAGAAGAACCAGGAGCUCAGACAGAUGGAACAGCAGCAAGCUUUGCAGAGAGAUCAGCAUCGUGAGGUGCAGAGACUUCAGGAGAGACUCACAGAGGCAACCGGACGUCUGAUUUCCAUGGAGGAGGAGCAGACUCUCCGGGAAGAGCGGGAGAGAAAGGAGCAGAGGUGCCAGGAGGAGAAACACGAGCGGGAGCGGCAGGGGUUAACUCGGAGGUUGGUGGAAUCUGAGGAGAGGAGGCAUGAGAUGGAGGAGCAGCUGCAGGAGAUGCAGGAACAGGUGGAGGCGCUGCUGAGCGGGGGCGGUGGAAUGGAAAGCAGCGCAGGACUGCGAGACGAAGUGCAGCGUCUUCAGCUGGAGCUGGAAGCGCAGAGCGAUACGGUGGAAAUACUGCGGGAGAGCGUGAGGAGGUUGGAGGAGGAACGUGACCAACUAACAUGUCGCUGUCAGGAGCUCCUCAAUCAGAUUUCUGAGACGGACAAGGAGGUGGGAAAACAACAGGCACGUUUAACAACCGUGGAUAUUGACUAUCGCUCCCUGGAGAGCUCGUACGAGCGUGUGUCUGAUGAGUUUGCGAGAAUAAGUAAAGUGCUGAGGGAGAAAGAGGAAGAGGUAAAGUGGACAAAAGAGAUGUACGAACAGCUGAUCAGACAGAAAGAGGAAUACUUGAGCGAGGCUCUCGUGAAGAUGGCAGCCCUCGGCAGCAGCCUAGAAGAAACCGAACAUUGUCUGCAGCAAAAAGCAGAUCUUCUUUCUAAGAUGGAGCGUGAUUAUCCAGAACUGGUGGAGUCUCGCAGAGCAGAACGAGAGCUGCAGGCCAAACUCGUGUGUGCAGAAGAUCGCAUUGCUGAGCUGGAAGAACACCUCAACGCACUGCGACUCGGAUACGCUGAUCUCAGUAUGCGCCGCUGUCGAUCGCAGGAAGACAUGUUGGAUGGGUUGAAAGAGGUGCAGCGUGAUGUCUCAUCCUCAAGUCCUUCCCAACUUCAGCUCACAAGAAGCAGGUCUGAGACAGAGAUGUCUAUAGUGAAGAGGCAGAGGAUUCGCUUCUCCACCAUCCAGUGCCAAUCAUACCACCGGGCUCAGACAGAAAACACAUCAAGUCUGGAUCACAUUCUUGACAGUGUUGUCAGUGAUAGGUCAUUCCAGCGAGAUCCAGAGAAGUUUGUCUCCAUCAUACAUAACCUAGAAACCAAGCUGAUAGCCACGGAGGAGAUGCUGAAACACCUCACCGAGAAGAUCCGGGAUCGUCCCGAUCCUUCAGACGUGAGCACCGGAGCUAUGGAGGACUGCACGACUAAAACCUGUGAUAAGUUAACGAUGGAUGAACCCAGCAAGAAGAUCUUCAAGACUGAACUCGUAAGUGAUGAGUAUGAGAAAGCCUUGGUAUUGGUGGAGUCCUGCACAGAAAAAGUCAGAGAAAUUCUGACCGGUAACAGCGAGACCAGUACAUCUAAAUCUCUCAUGUGUACUCUUGCAGAGGUGCAGAAAUGUUUGGUUUGUGCCGCCAUGCACUUGAGGCAGGGCGGCAUGAUGUAUGAGCCACGUCAGACCUCUGAAAGCACCGAUAUGUCGUCUGAAUCUUUAAAGCAAAGUGUGAAAGGGUUUGCUGAAACAUUAUCCUUUGAAGCUGAAGUUCUGGAGAGGAUGUGCUUCUCUCUGCACGAUCUGAACUCUGGUACGAUGUCAGCCUUGAACUCCAUUCACAAAGACGUUGAAAACAUCAAGAAGAGCAGCGAAGGCUGUCUUUCUGUAGUUUAUUCUGAUGUACUCACACGAAAACUUCUCCUGGAGACAGCAUUCCUCGCCGAGGUGGAAAAGCUGGAGACGGAUGCAGGUAGCUCUUUCUCACAGGAUGUCAUCACGAAUGCCUGCAUUAGUGCUGAGCUUGCCUAUUCACUUCAGAAUUUAACCACGAGUUUCCAGGAGAAGGUCAAUGAGCUUCAGAGAGACUUGACCAAAGCGAACGUGACUGUUAAGCAAAGGGGUGAAGCUCUGAAAGCGGAUGAAGGUCGGCUCGCUGAUGUAACGCCUCCUGAACUUGCCCCCCAUAUGGAGCAGAUUGAGAGAGAGGAAGCUCGGAGCCUAGCGGCGGAGAUCGUACAAAGACAUUUCUCAGACGGUCUGCCGUUCCACAGCGCUGAAUCGGACUCACAUCUUCAAACUGUCUGGGAAAAUCUUACAGCCGAACUCAAGAAACAAGUGAAAGCCCUCCGUAGUCUCUCCGGUGAGAUUGACCGGAUCUGUGAGGAAGGAGAAGCCAGUUUACUUUCAGGACUUGCAAAUGCUUUUAAAAUGAGUUCAUGGCGUGGUGACUCUGUGUGCAUACAGGAAGUGCUGAUGCAAGCUCAGGUUGCUUAUGUGGCCUGCAGGUUGCGAGCCGGUCAUACGAGAGAACUUUCACUAUGCCAAGAGACCGGUCGCAGCAUGGCGGCGCUGGUUCAGGAACACGCUGAGAGCGUCGCAGCCAUCCAGCGCCACUACCAGAGCUGUUUAGAGAAGGAACAUAUGGGCUUCACAAGCACCAUCAGCUCCUUACAGGAGGAAAAUGACAUGUUACGAGGUGAGCUGUCUUAUAAACUCAGAGAGCUACAAGAGCAACGGCAGACCCUGAAUCAGUUAGAAGAGGCGUUUCAUAGAGAGAAAGAGGAGCUAAAGAGCCGGCACUCAGAAGAGAUGGGACGGGCACAAGAGGAGCAGAUCACCAGAGAGCUGGAGCUGAUGGAACGGGCCGCCAACAGCCAACAACGCCUUGAGAUGCUUCUGCUGGAUAUGGAAGACGCUGAGAUGAGACACAAAGAGCAGAUUGUGAAGCUUGAGAAGGAAUUUCUGGUGAAGGUUCGAGAGCUAGAAGAAUCCAACAGAGAGGAGCUUCACAAACUCAAGGAGUGCUACGACCAGACCAUCUGCUCGCUGGAGGAGAGGAACCUGAGAGAGGAGGAGACAGACGAGGCAAUGGUGUGUCCAAUGGAUGGAGGAGGUGGAUCUAGAUCUCUGCCUAGGGUUCAAGAGCUGGAGAUGCAGUUGACUGUCAUGAGAGAGGAGAUGAAACAGAAACCGCUGGACGGAGAUUUGAACAGUCUAAAGGAGAAGUACCAGAGAGAUCUGGACAGUCUCAAGGCGACAUGUGAGCGUGGAUUCACAGCGAUGGAGGAAACUCAUCAGAAGGUGAUCGAGGACAUCCAGAGACAACACCAGCGAGAGAUCCAGAAACUCCUGGAGGAGAAAGAAAGACUGCUGGAGGAAGAAACUAACGCCACUAUUGCUGCGAUCGAGGCCAUGAGAAACGCUCAUCGAGAGGAACUGCAGAAAUCCAAUCGGGCACAGAUGAGCGGGGUGAGCGCAGACAUCCUGGAGCUGCGCAGACAGUAUGAAGAGGAGCUGCAGUCCAUCCACCGUGAGCUGGAGGUUCUGUCUGAGCAAUACUCACAGAAGUGUUUAGAGAACGCACACCUGGCACAAGCACUGGAGGCCGAAAGACAAGCGCUGGGACAGUGCCAGAGAGAGAACCACAAACUACACACACACAACCAGGAAUUAAAUCAUCGUCUAAAUGAGGAAAUCACUCGCAUGCACUCCUGCAUGACUGAAGACAAAUCCUCCUCCUCUCUUACUCACGGCAGAGACGUCUAUGAACUGGAGGUUUUACUGCGUGUGAAGGAGUCUGAGAUACAGUACCUCAAACAAGAGAUCAACUCUCUUAAAGAUGAGCUGCAGUCUGCACUACGAGAUAAGAAAUAUGCCUCAGAUAAGUACAAAGACAUCUAUACAGAGCUGAGUAUUGUGAAGGCUAAAGCCGACUGUGACAUCAACAGACUGAGAGAGAAACUUCUGGCUGCUACGGAGGCGCUCGGGGAGUUAGACACACAGGGAGCUGCUGUCACUGCUGGAUACGAUAUUAUGAAGUCCAAGAGUGACCCUGAUUUCCUGAAGAAAGGAAUGUCUAGAAAGUUACAUGGAGUCAGGUCAAAGGGAGAGAGUGAGGGGUUGGUCGGGGGUAGCUGACCGCUGUGACCCCGUCCUGUCCAUCAGGUGAAGCAGAGUUUGAAAGAGGGACUAACGGUACAGGAGCGAAUGAAACUCUUUGAAGCUAAAGACUCCAGGAAGAUUUGACACUCUUUCUUUUUUUCUCACUAUGUGUUAUUCAGUAUUCUAGCUCUUUUUAUGUUUUGGGUUUAGUUUGGUAGAUACAGUAACAGCAGGGUCAAACUUUUUAUUUGUUUUUGUUUUAAAGUUGACUGUGUGAAUUAAGGGAAUGCCAUGUUUUUAUAUUUACGCAGGAUAUUUUUGCCAACCUUUAACUCUAAUGAACCUCAUAUUCUAGAUGUUUUCUUUUGGUGUCUGAAUGACGAUUAGAAUUUAUUCAACGCUCAGUAUUGACACUAGCUGAAUGUGUAAAGUAUAUUUCAUCUAAGAACCGGCUGCUUAAGUAUUCUGGUGUUGUUUUUAUGAGCAUUCUGAAAGAAUAAUUAUUGAAUUAUUAAACGUGAGAGAUGUUAUUUUGCCAAUGAUAUUGUAAAUAUGAGUAAAGUUGUGUGUGGGUGAAGGUGAUAAUGUUUCUGACUUUAUAGUACUGUAUCUUCAUUGAGGUGAAAUGAUUUGGUUUGUAUAAGCUGGCUGAUCUGAAAACAGUGAGUGUGAGUUUUGUAGAGUGUUUUUUUGGUGAUUUACAGAAUGUGCCGAAAUCAUUUACUUGAGGAGAAUCAAAUGCUGUUUUUAUUAGCUUUCGUGUUGCUUCUGGUUAGAAAACCAAACUUGAUAUCAUAAAAUCGUUUGUUUGGCUACUGAUAGUGAAGUUCUUUUUCCUAUAAUUACAUUUUAACAUUGGGAUUAUUAGUUUUUUCCAGCUUUUGUGUUUGGGUUUGUAAAGUGCUGUUUAAUGGCCUUUGCAUGAAUAUGAAGCACUUUGGAAGUCGCAGUAGAUCAUUUCUGUGCUUUGAUUUUGAAACGUGAUUUUAAUUUCAUCGUUCUGAAGUAUUGAACACACAACAAAGAAACUGUAUUAUAUUCAAUACUUGCUUUGUAAAUAUUUGGUUUUAGAGAAAAUGUCUUUAUUCUAUUCUCGGUCAACGUAGAAAAAAAUAAAUAUCUUUAUAUCUAUCUAUAAAUGGUAUCUCAACAUCUAAUUGCCUAUCUAUAAUAUUUUUAUUUUCAUGUGUGUGAACGUGAUAAAACUGUAAUAAAAUAUGUUUUUGAUUCUGA